AAAAAAAAGGGCACGCUGCCGUCCGCCAUCGCAAGGUCAGCCGGUAGGGCACGCCGCCGUUCGCUCGUCGGCACCCCGGCGUCCCAAUCGUGCCCGCGUGCGCCGCCACCCCUGCUUCCCGCUCGUCGCCGUCCCGGCAUCCCGCUUGUCCCCACGUGCGCCGCCUUUUUGCCUCCGCCGGCGCCGCCACUGCUCCCUGCUCGUCGCCGCCGGUGGAGCAAGAGGAAGGGUGCUGCGAGGGACGAGCACAAGAAGCCGGCAGAGGAGGAGAACAAGAAUCCGGCGUGGGAGGAUGUGGAUCCGGCGAGAAAGCAGGUCCAAGAUUGAUGCGGGAGAGGUGCAGCAGCUGUAUGGUGCCACUGAGAAGAUACACCCUGGGGUUGAUGCACAGCCGGAAGGCGAGGACUGCGAUGACCACAAAAAGAAGGGGCAGGUCUUCUAUCCUUCAGACCGGCCAACAGAGCAGUUGUUCUACCAAGCAAGCAAAUGCAGUGAAGAAACCACCACCACCGGUUUUUCACAGCCGAAGCACAUACUCUCAGACGUGAACGCAGCGGCGACAGGAAUAGGAGAUGGCGACGAAGCAUUGUUCUGACAAGUAGCACAAUACCAGAUGGUUUGGAAGUAGGCAGCAGGUCCCAAUCAAGCCAACGGGUUUUCUUCUGAAACUUUGAUGGCUUGAUUAAUUAUUAGGAAGAUGGAUGCCUCAGAAGAGGAGUUCAUGUGCAGAAGAAAGAAGCUGAGAAGAAGAGGUUUCAAGAAAAGAGCAACUCACAUGAGAAAUUCUGAAUCCUCAAGGUGAGUGUAUAGCAGCUAGUAUGCAAAGUUAUUCAUGGUGCUAUUGACAGGCACUUUCAGUUUUCUCUUUUGUUCCACGCUGAUGAUAUCAGCUUGUAAAAUCAAUACAGUACGGACUAAGCAGUACUGCAUAUUGACUCACAAUGAUACUACUCUACUUAUUAGUACU